GCUGCCGCUCUCCGGUGCCGGCCCAGGUGCCUACCCCGUUGCCCAGGGAACGGGCUCCCGGCAGCCCCCGCGGCCUGGAGUCCAUCCCCGCCUCCUCCGGCCCGACUGGGCCGACGAGUCCGGAGGGGCUGCCGCGGGAGCCCCCAGGUUUCCCUAGAUGACAAAUAAACAUUCCUUUUCCUGCCUGAAGAUCAUCUGUGGGAACCUUGGCCAUGGCAUCGCUAUCUGAGCCUGUUACAUUCAGAGAGUUCUGCCCGUUGUACUAUCUUCUCAAUGCCAUUCCGACGAAGAUCCAGAAGGGUUUCCGUUCCAUCGUGGUCUACCUCACGGCCCUCGACACCAACGGUGACUACAUCGCGGUGGGCAGCAGCACUGGCAUGCUCUACCUGUACUGCCGGCACCUCAACCAGAUGAGGAAGUACAGCUUUGAGGGGAAGAUGGAAUCUAUCACUGUGGUGAAGCUGCUGAGCUGCUUUGAUGACCUGGUGGCAGCAGGCACAGCCUCUGGCAGGGUUGCAAUUUUUCAACUUGUGUCUUCAUUGCCAGGGAGAAAUAAACAGCUUCGGAGAUUUGAUGUCACUGGUAUUCACAAAAAUAGCAUUACAGCUCUGGCUUGGAGCCCCAAUGGAAUGAAAUUGUUCUCUGGAGAUGACAAAGGCAAAAUUGUUUAUUCUUCCCUGGAUCUAGACCAGGGGCUCUGUAACUCCCAGCUGGUGUUGGAGGAGCCGUCUUCCAUUGUGCAGCUGGAUUACAGCCAGAAAGUGCUGCUCAUCUCUACUCUGCAAAGAAGUCUGCUCUUUUACACUGAAGAAAAGUCUGUAAGGCAAAUUGGAACACAACCAAGGAAAAGUACUGGGAAAUUCGGUGCGUGUUUUAUACCAGGACUCUGUAAGCAAAGUGAUCUAACCUUGUAUGCAUCACGGCCCGGGCUCCGGCUGUGGAAGGCUGAUGUCCACGGAACUGUCCAAGCCACCUUUAUCUUGAAAGAUGCUUUUGCCGGGGAAGUCAAGCCUUUUGAACUGCACCCGCGUCUGGAAUCCCCCAACAGGGGAAGUUGCAGCUUACCUGAGAGGCACCUGGGGCUUGUUUCCUGCUUCUUUCAAGAAGGCUGGGUGUUGAGUUGGAAUGAGUAUAGUAUCUAUCUGCUAGACACAGUCAACCAGGCUACAAUUGCUGGUUUGGAAGGAUCUGGUGAUAUUGUGUCUGUUUCAUGCACAGAAAAUGAAAUAUUUUUCUUGAAAGGAGAUAGGAACAUUAUAAGAAUUUCAAGCAGGCCUGAAGGACUAACAUCAAUAGUGAGAGAUGGUUUGGAGGUGUCCGGAUGCUCAGAGCGAGUCCACGUGCAGCAAGCAGAGAAGCUGCCAGGGGCCACCAUUUCUGAGACAAGGCUCAGAGGCUCUUCCGUGGCCAGCUCCGUGGCCAGUGAGCCAAGGAGCAGGAGCAGCUCACUCAACUCCACCGACAGUGGCUCUGGGCUCCUGCCCCCUGGGCUCCAGGCCGCCCCUGAGCUGGGCAAGGGCAGCCAGCCCCCCUCGCAGAGGUUCAACGCCAUCAGCUCAGAGGACUUUGACCAGGAGCUUGUCGUGAAGCCUAUCAAAGUGAAAAGGAAGAAGAAGAAGAAGAAGACAGAAGGUGGAAGCAGGAGCACCUGUCACAGCUCCCUGGAGUCGACACCCUGCUCUGAGUUUCCUGGGGACAGUCCCCAGUCCUUGUUGUCCAUGACCUCAAGUGUCCUGGGCAGUAGCGUGGAUCAGUUAAGUGCAGAGUCUCCAGACCAGGAAAUCGGCUUCAGUGGUGAGGUGAACGGUGUCCCGCGGGAAAAUACUGACUCCAAAACGGUUAAUAUCCUGGAGGUGCCGGAAUCUGUGCCUGACUCGCUGGCUGAGGAAGAUGCCAUUAGAACGGAAAUGCCACACUGUCACCACGCACAUGGGCAGGAGCUGCUCAAUGGAGUGCCAAAUUCACCCUUGCUCCUGGGAGAAGAUGUGGGAGGCAGCGAUGUCACAGGACUUGAAGAUGAGCCUUGUCCUGCAGACGAUGGACCAAAUAGCACACAGUUACCCUUCAAAGAAUUGGACGGCUCUCCUGGGGCACAUGAUGGGGAAGACAUCCAACCUAUUGGCUCCCAAAGCACUUUUUGUGAAGUCCCCCUCCUGAACUCACUCAUGGUGCCUUCCAGCCUCAGCUGGGCCCCAAGUGCUGAGCAAUGGCUGCCUGGGACCGGAGCUGAUGAAGGCAGUCCUGUGGAGUCCAGCCAAGAACAGAAUGUCCUAUCCAGCGUGGGGGCCUCUGGCCACCUCAGCGCAAAUCUCUGGCAUGCUGUCACUGAUGAUGACACAGAUCAGAAAGAAACACCCAUUUCUGAACGUGACUUGGGGACUGUGGGAGGACAGUUGACUCCAGUCUCUGCCUUGGCGGCCAGCACUCACGAGUCUUGGCUUGAGCAGCUUCCACGGGAUCAGGUACUGACGUCCAGCGAUGAGGAGGACAUCUAUGCCCACGGGCUUCCUUCUUCAUCCUCAGAGACGAGUGUGACAGAGCUUGGACCUGGUCGCUCCCAGCAAGACCUGAGCCGGCCAGGUACGGAUGAUGCCGGGCUGCUUAAGCCAGAUCAGUUUGCAGAAAGCUGGAUGGGCUACUCGGGUCCUGGCUAUGGCAUCCUCAGCUUGGUGGUCUCCGAGAAGUAUAUCUGGUGCCUGGACUACAAAGGUGCCCUGUUCUGCAGUGCCUUGCCGGGCGCCGGGCUGCGCUGGCAGAAGUUUGAAGAUGCUGUCCAGCAGGUGGCAGUCUCGCCCUCAGGAACCCUGCUCUGGAAGAUUGAACAGAAAUCUAACCGGGCUUUUGCUUGUGGGAAAGUCACCAUCAAGGGGAAGCGGCACUGGUAUGAAGCCCUGCCUCAGGCGGUGUUUGUGGCCCUGAGCGAUGACACGGCCUGGAUCAUCAGGACGAGCGGGGACCUGUACUUGCAGACAGCUCUCAGCGUGGAUCGCCCCUGUGCCAGAGCCACGAAGGUGGACUGUCCCUACCCGCUGUCCCAGAUCACAGCCCGGGACAACGUGGUGUGGGCACUGACGGAGCAGAGGGCCCUCCUGUACCGGGAGGGCGUGAGCAGCUUCUGUCCGGAGGGCGAGCAGUGGAAGUGUGACAUUGUCAGCGAAAGGCAAGCUUUAGAACCUGUCUGCAUAACGCUUGGGGAUCAGCAGACUCUCUGGGCCCUGGACAUCCGUGGGAACCUGUGGUUCAGAACUGGCAUUGUUUCCAAGAAGCCACAAGGAGAUGACGACCACUGGUGGCAAGUGAGCAUCACAGACUAUGUGGUGUUUGACCAGUGCAGCUUAUUUCAGACAAUCAUCCAUGCCACUCACUCGGUGGCCACAGCAGCCCAAGCCCCGGUAGAAAAGGUGGCAGAUAAGCUGCGCAUGGCAUUUUGGUCCCAGCAGCUUCAGUGCCAGCCAAGCCUUCUCGGGGUCAAUAACAGCGGUGUCUGGAUCUCCUCGGGAAAGAAUGAAUUCCACGUGGCUAAGGGAAGCCUCAUUGGCACUUACUGGCAUCAUGUUGUUCCCCGUGGGACAGCUUCUGCCGCAAAAUGGGCCUUCGUGUUGGCUUCUGCGGCUCCCACAAAGGAAGGGAGCUCCCUGUGGUUGUGCCAGAGCAGCAAGGACCUCUGCAGUGUCAGCGCCCGGAGUGCACAGUCACGGCCCUCCACGGUGCAGCUGCCUCCCGAUGCCGAGAUGCGCGCCUACGCCGCCUGCCAGGAUGCGCUGUGGGCGCUGGAUAGCCUCGGCCAGGUGUUCAUCAGGACGCUCUCCAAGAGCUGCCCCACAGGCAUGCACUGGACCAGGCUGGACCUCUCCCAGCUAGGAGCUGUAAAGUUGACAAGCUUGGCAUGUGGAAAUCAGCACAUCUGGGCCUGUGACUCCAGGGGUGGAGUUUACUUCCGUGUGGGGACUCAGCCUCUCAAUCCCAGUCUCAUGCUUCCAGCCUGGAUAAUGAUUGAGCCACCUGUCCAGCCCUCCGGGGUCAGCUUGAUCAGCGUCCAUUCCAGCCCCAACGACCAGAUGCUGUGGGUGCUGGACAGCAGGGGGAGCGUGCACGUGCGGACUGGGAUCACCGAGGAGAUGCCUGUGGGGACCGCCUGGGAGCAUGUGCCAGGGUUGCAGGCGUGCCAGCUGGCGCUGAGCACCAGGACUGUGUGGGCCCGCUGUCCAAACGGAGACCUCGCCCGGCGGUAUGGCAUCACAGACAAAAACCCUGCUGGAGACUACUGGAAGAAGAUUCCCGGCAGUGUGUCGUGUUUCACAGUGACUGCGUCAGAUGAGCUGUGGGCUGUGGGCCCCCCCGGCUACCUCCUCCAACGGUUGACAAGGACGUUCAGCCACUCACACGACCCCCAGAAGAGCAGCCAGGCCGCCAUGCCCCACCCCGAGGACCUGGAGGACGAGUGGGAGGUCAUCUGAAGGAGCCCUGGCAGAGUGAGCGGAGGGUCCAGGCAUCUGUGGUGGGCCCAGUGGCUUCCGAGUCACUCCCUGGUGGACAUGCUGCUUCGAAACUUGUCCAGGCACCUGUGGCCAGGUUGGACCCACACUCUUACUUUCAUCCAUGUUGGUUUCUGUCUCGUUCCAGAACCCACAGUCUCCACCCAUGGCUGGAGCUACUGCUGCAGUGGUGGCGCCUCUGAGCUCUGGACGGUGGCGGCUGCCCGGCCACACGUAUCCCAUGACCCAGUGCUGCCGUCCUGGUCCCGCCCACAAAUAGCUCCAGUUUCUGUUGGUUGGAGUGGUCUCCGGAGGCCUCCCAGAGCCAGGGGCAGUGGGCAGACCUAUGAGCCCCGUGGGCAGCUGGGUUGGCCCAGGGACUGUUUCCACAUUAGUGACCCCAGGGCCAGAUGGAGCCAAAGGUCACUGCUCUGCAGCACAGGAUGUGCUCAGUGAUGACUUUGUCCUAUCAUGAGGAGGUCCCCCCAGAGACAAAGCCGCAGAGCACAUCACACCAGACGCUCUGGCCAGGAAGCCAAGCUUGAGAGCACCGGCCAUGCCAGGAGAGAAUACACGCAUACCACACCCCACCGUGCUCACCACACCACACCACACACCCCACCGUGCUCACCACAUCUCACCUCACCACACCACACACCACACCUCACUGUACCACACACACACCUCAUACCACACACACAACUCUGCACCACACACACCUCACCACACACCUCACCACACACACCACACACACACACCUCACCACACUCACCUCAUACCACACACACAACUGCACCACACACACCUCACCACACAUACCUCACCACACACACACCUCACCACACUCACCUCAUACCACACACACCGCACACCAUACACCACACACACACACACCAUACCUCACACCAUACACACCACACACCUUACCUCACAACACCACACACCUCACCAUACCACACCUCACCACACCACACACCUCACACCACACCUCACCACACACACACCUCACCACACUCACCUCAUACCACACACACCGCACACCAUACACCACACACACACACCACACACCUCACACCAUACACUACACCACACACCUCACCUCACCACACCACACCUCACACCACACACCUCACCACACCACAACUCACACCACACCUACCACACCACAACUCACACCACACCUACCACACACCUCACACCUCACCACACCACACCACACACCUCACCUCACCACACAACUCACACCACACCUACCACACCACACCUCACCACACCACACACACACCUUACCUCACACCACACACCUCACACCUCACCACACCACACACCACAUCUCACCACACACCUCACCUCACACCACACACCACACCACACCACACACACCACUCUCCACACACCUCACCUCACCAUACCACACCUCACCACACACCUCACCUCACCACACCACACACCUCACCACACCACACCAACCUCACCACACACCACACAACUCACCACACACCUCACCUCACCACACCACACCUCACACCACACCUCACCAUACCACACACCUCACCAUACCACACCACACCACACCACACACCCACCACACCACACCUCAUACACCACAUACCACACCACAUCUCACCACACACCACAUCUCACCAUACACCUCACCACACCACACACACACCUCUCCACACACCUCACCUCACCUCACCACACCACACACCUCACCUCACCACACCACAACUCACCACACACCUCACCACACCACACACACACCACACCUCACCAUACCACACACCUCACCACACCACACACACCUCACACCUCACCAUACCACACACCUCACACCACACCUCACCACACCACACCACACCUCACACCACACACCUCACACCUCACUACACACCACACCACACCUCGCUGCCCACACAUACUUCAGAGAGCACACUUCAGCUGAAACAAUAAAGGCCAAUGGGUGCGAAUGGAACCUGGACGUGCGCAGGUGUGUCCCGGGCAGGGACGGCACAGGAGGGAGCGUUGGGUGGGAGGCUGAGCCAGGGUCGCUCACAUGGGAAUGUCUUAGGAGUGGUAUUUAACUAAUGCUGCUGGCAGACGUCCUACAGCCAGACCAUCCUCAGAGGAUGGGCCUACUAAUGGUUGCUUGUUUGUUGUAUUACACACCUGCAGAAAAUACCUCAUUUCAAAUCAAAAAUCUUACGAAUUUAGAAGAGAUACGUAUUUCCGAAAACAGUGGAAGGCCUUUUGUUCCUUCCCAGGUUUAUCCUGAAGCUGCGCUGUCCUGGCCUGCAGUUUCAGAGGGGCAGCGUCCCCAGCACAGACUUGACUGGCAGGGCGGUCAUGGGACCUGCCGGCUGGCUCUGAAUGGCAGCCUGCGCCUGCAGGGUAUGGACUGACACGCAACAGGUUGAAACCAGUGCCUCUAUGGACGGCUCUUGCGGCCCCUUCAGACAAUGGGCAGUGCCCACCCUGCCCACUGGCAUCUGCGAGAGGACGAGGCCACCCUGUCACACAUCCCGCCCUGAGACCACCUCCUGCCCCUCCCAGAAGCAGCUUCAGGACAGGACGCCAGGCUAGCUGCUUUUAUUAGCCUGCCUCUGGCCCAGGCCCAGUCCUCAGUGUCAGGGCCCCAGGCCACAGUGUCAGGGCCCCAGUCCUCAGUGUCAGGGCCCCAGGCCACAGUGGAGAGUGAUAACAUAUGUUCUCUGACAGCACCCAGCCAGCCGCAGAGUUGGAGGUUUCCCACGUCCAAAUGAGGACAAGAUGCCGAAAUCCCAGAUCGUACUUCACACUUCCCUUUUCUAGGACCUUUUGUAAAAGUUGGUGGCAGCAGAGGCAGCCCCCGGCCGGGCUGCUCCUCUCUGUCUGUUGUGCCUUGCCCGGCGCCUCACGGAUGGCAACGCUCUCUUCACCCACGGGACUGUAGUGCAAUGAAACUCACGUCUAGGCGAUGCUUUUAAACUCCUGUAGGUUUGUGCUUUGUACAGUUUUCUUUCUGGUUUUAAUUUUUAGCUGUGCUUUGAGACAGUGCAAUAAACUAGACUUUUUUCCAAA